CUGCGUGGCGGGAGUGCCUGCGUUUGAGGGGCUCAGGUUGGGUCAGAGAGCCGGGAGACUCGAGAAUAGAGCAGGAACACUAGCAGAAAGAAGAGUUUCAGGUGCUGGCCAAGAGAAAAGGUGAGGAGGUCUGGCCAGUCACAGACAAGUUUGACAAUAACUGCAGAGCAAAGAGGGAAGCCCAGAUAGGAGUCAGUCCUUGCGCCCCUCUCAGCACCCAGACCUGGUCCUCUGUGCUCAACCACCAAGUACUCGGCAGUCUCCAGGCCUGGGACUGUCCCAGGCGGCUGCUCUUUGCGCGCCGUGGAGAAGCCAAGCGAGUCCAAUUAGGUUGCCUGCCGCACCACGCGCCCUGAUCCGGGGACUCCAGACAACACAAAUCUGAAGAAACCACUCGGCUGGCUUUCUAAAUUGCUAUGAAUUAUGGCCCAGCUGUACUACAAGAAGGUAAAUUACUCACCGUACAGAGACCGCAUCCCCCUGCAAAUCGUGAGGGCUGAGACGGAGCUCUCUGCUGAAGAGAAGGCUUUCCUCAAUGCUGUGGAGAAGGGAGACUAUGCCACUGUGAAGCAGGCACUGCAGGAGGCAGAGAUCUACUACAAUGUCAACAUAAACUGCAUGGAUCCUUUGGGUAGGAGUGCCCUACUCAUUGCCAUUGAGAAUGAGAACUUGGAAAUCAUGGAGCUAUUGCUGAACCACAGUGUGUAUGUGGGCGAUGCAUUACUCUACGCCAUCCGCAAGGAAGUAGUAGGUGCUGUGGAGCUUCUGCUCAGCUACAGGAAACCCAGUGGAGAGAAGCAGGUUCCCACUCUAAUGAUGGACACCCAGUUCUCUGAGUUCACACCAGACAUCACUCCCAUCAUGUUGGCUGCACACACCAACAACUAUGAAAUCAUCAAAUUGCUUGUUCAAAAACGAGUCACUAUCCCACGGCCCCACCAAAUCCGCUGCAACUGUGUGGAGUGUGUGUCAAGUUCAGAAGUAGAUAGCCUGCGUCACUCCCGCUCCCGACUGAACAUCUACAAGGCUCUAGCAAGCCCCUCACUCAUUGCCUUAUCAAGUGAGGACCCUAUCCUCACUGCCUUCCGUCUGGGCUGGGAGCUGAAAGAGCUAAGCAAGGUGGAAAAUGAGUUCAAAGCUGAGUAUGAGGAGCUCUCCCAGCAGUGUAAGCUCUUUGCCAAGGACCUGCUAGACCAAGCUCGGAGCUCCCGGGAACUGGAGAUCAUCCUCAACCAUCGAGAUGACCACAGUGAAGAACUUGACCCACAGAAAUACCAUGACCUGGCCAAGCUGAAGGUGGCAAUAAAAUAUCACCAGAAAGAGUUUGUUGCCCAGCCCAACUGCCAACAGUUGCUUGCCACCCUGUGGUACGAUGGCUUCCCUGGAUGGCGACGAAAACACUGGGUAGUCAAGCUUCUAACUUGUAUGACCAUCGGGUUCCUGUUUCCUAUGUUGUCAAUAGCCUAUCUGAUCUCACCCAGAAGCAACCUUGGGUUGUUCAUCAAGAAACCGUUUAUCAAGUUCAUCUGCCACACAGCAUCCUACCUGACCUUCCUCUUUAUGCUUCUCCUGGCUUCUCAACAUAUCGUCAGGACAGACCUCCAUGUCCAGGGACCUCCACCAACUGUUGUGGAAUGGAUGAUAUUACCUUGGGUUCUAGGUUUCAUUUGGGGGGAGAUUAAGGAAAUGUGGGAUGGUGGAUUCACUGAAUACAUCCAUGAUUGGUGGAACUUAAUGGAUUUUGCAAUGAACUCCCUCUACCUGGCAACUAUUUCCUUGAAGAUUGUGGCCUAUGUCAAGUAUAAUGGUUCCCGUCCAAGGGAGGAAUGGGAAAUGUGGCACCCAACCCUCAUCGCAGAGGCGCUCUUCGCAAUAUCCAACAUUUUAAGUUCCUUGCGUCUCAUAUCCUUGUUCACAGCCAAUUCCCAUUUAGGGCCUCUGCAGAUCUCUUUGGGACGCAUGCUGCUUGAUAUACUCAAAUUCCUCUUUAUCUACUGCCUGGUACUGCUAGCUUUUGCCAAUGGACUGAACCAGCUUUAUUUUUACUAUGAGACCAGAGCUAUUGAUGAACCUAACAACUGCAAGGGGAUCCGGUGUGAGAAACAGAACAACGCUUUCUCCACGCUAUUUGAAACUCUCCAGUCACUCUUCUGGUCUGUAUUUGGCCUUUUAAAUCUCUAUGUCACCAAUGUGAAGGCCAGACACGAGUUCACCGAGUUUGUGGGAGCUACUAUGUUUGGGACAUACAACGUCAUCUCCUUGGUGGUGCUGCUGAACAUGCUCAUUGCCAUGAUGAACAAUUCCUACCAGCUUAUUGCCGACCAUGCUGAUAUUGAGUGGAAGUUUGCAAGAACAAAGCUCUGGAUGAGUUACUUUGAUGAAGGUGGAACCUUGCCACCUCCUUUCAACAUCAUCCCCAGCCCCAAAUCAUUUCUCUAUCUUGGCAACUGGUUCAACAACACCUUCUGCCCCAAAAGAGACCCUGAUGGAAGACGAAGAAGGCACAACUUGAGAAGCUUCACAGAACGCCAUGCUGAUAGUCUGAUACAAAAUCAACAUUAUCAGGAAGUUAUCAGGAAUUUAGUCAAAAGAUAUGUGGCUGCAAUGAUAAGAAAUUCCAAAACAAAUGAGGGGCUAACAGAAGAAAAUUUUAAGGAAUUAAAGCAGGACAUCUCCAGCUUUCGAUACGAAGUGCUUGACCUCUUAGGAAAUAGAAAACACCCAAGGAGAAGCUUUUCCACUAGCAGUGCUGAACUUUCUCAGAGAGAUGAUACCAAUGACGGCAGUGGUGGGGCUCGGGCCAAAUCCAAGAGUGUCUCUUUCAAUUUAGGCUGCAAGAAAAAGACCUGCCAUGGGCCACCUCUCGUCAGAACCAUGCCAAGAGCCAGUAGUGCCCAAGGGAAGUCAAAAGCUGAGUCAUCGAGCAAACGCUCCUUCAUGGGACCCUCUCUCAAGAAACUGGGUCUCCUAUUCUCCAAGUUUAACGGUCAAAUGUCUGAACCCAGGUCAGAGCCAAUGUACACAAUCUCUGACGGAAUCGUGCAGCAGCAUUAUAUGUGGCAGGACAUCAGAUAUUCUCAGAUGGAGAAAGGGAAAGCAGAGGCCUGUUCUCAAAGUGAAAUUAACCUCAGUGAGGUAGAAUUAGGUGAAGUCCGGGGCGCUUCUCAGAGCAGUGAAUGCCCUCUAGCCUGUUCCAGCUCUCUUCACUGUGCAUCCAGCAUCUGUUCCUCAAAUUCUAAACUUUUAGACUCCUCAGAGGAUGUAUUUGAAACUUGGGGAGAGGCUUGUGACUUGCUCAUGCACAAAUGGGGCGAUGGACAGGAAGAACAAGUUACAACUCGGCUCUAAGUCAAAUCCCCAUCAUCUGUUCUGGAAUUCAAGAGAAAAUUUGUAAUUUACUUGUUCUCAGAGGUGUCCCCAAAUAUGAUUCCCUCACUGCCCCCACCCCAAGAAAAGUGAACCUAUUAUUUUCACUCUUUUCUAGCCAUAUUCUCCAUGUUCUGUUUUACUGUUAUUACUAUGAUUUGCCUUUUUAUACCUACAAACACUGAAUCCAUCUCACAACCAACUGAAGGGGUGUUGCCCCUAAUCAGCAGAGGUGCAGUCGGGUGCUUAACCCCUUUGCUUUGCUUUGCUUUGCUUUGCUUUGCCUACCCUUGUUUCCCUGAAACUCCAGGUGCCACUUUGCUACUGUACCUGGCACACAGAUUCUUGACCUUCCUCAGGAUCUCACAGCAUCUCCCCACAAGGCUGAAGGAUAUGGUCAGCAGUCCCCAGCAGCUAUCAAAGAAGGCAAAUCAAUAUGCCUGUCUUUGUUGCCCUUCAGCGCUACACGCUGCCCAUGUUGGUUCAAUGAACAGCAUUCAAGGGAGACUAAACAGACUCCAAAGAAUUGUCAGCUUGUGGAUUUUAGAUAGAAUUGGCCUUUUUGUUUUGUUUUUUAGAUAGAAUUGGCCUUUUGUUUUGUUUUUAAACACUGUAACUUCUAAUUGGUGGGCUGUUGAGGUUUUGUUUCUUAAAUAUGUGUGUUUCUUAAUGUGUGCCAAUAAGAUAUUUACCCUAUAGUAUAUGUCAUAUCUAGUAAGUUAGCUGAAUUCCUUUCCUGUGUUGUGUAUUUCCGUUAAUAUACUAUAUUUUAAAUUUUGAGAGUAUCAAAGUUAGCAUUUAGGCUGUGAACUUUUCUUUUUAAAUCUUCUACUGUACUUUAAGCUAAUAGUUGCUAAUUUCAUAUACUGGCAAGAAAAAUAAUUAGUCAGUACAUUUAUAGGGUCCUGUCUACUAUGGAUAGUUUUAAUCAUCAUGGUUAUCAAGGCAUUUCUAAGAU